AUGACCCCCUUAUCAAAGAUAUCGCUCGUUCUGGCGUCUAUAGCUCUCCUGCAACCUUCAUUCACAGCUCCCUUGAUAUAUAAACGAUCCGAGUCCGGUCCUCAUAUCACAACGGAUUUCCCCGAUCCCUCAAUCCUCAGGGUCGGCGAUACCUGGUACGCCUUUGCUGGACAAUCGCUCUAUGAUUACACAAGUACCCACAUUCAAUUCGCGAAGUCAACCGAUUUUGAGACAUGGACACUUCAGCCUGCCAACGACAUGCUACCCAAUCUUCCGAGCUGGGUGGACGCUUCCAAGAACCAUGUCUGGGCUCCAGACAUCAAUCAUUUGGAUGACGGUCGAUUCCUCCUGUAUUUCAGCGCUCCCACCUACUACGAUAGUGCUCCUCAUUGCAUCGGUACUGCGAUCAGUGACACUAUCGACGGUCCCUACUUUCCAUCCGAAGAAAGCUUCGCCUGUCCUGCCGACCAAGGAGGUGCCAUUGACGCAUCAGGAUUCCGCGAUGCGGAUGGAACCCGAUACGUCGUAUACAAGAUCGAUGCCAAUUCACUCGGAGGGGGCGGGUUAUGUGGCAAUACAGUUGAGCCCAUUGUGUCUACGCCCAUCCUCAUUCAACAGGUUGAAAGCGACGGCGUGACCAAAGUUGGCGAUACUUUCGAGCUGAUCACCAAUGACUCUCCUGAGGAUGGCCCGCUCGUCGAGGGCCCCAGUAUGAUACACUCUGGUGAUACAUACUAUCUCUUUUACUCAUCCAAUUGCUUCACCACCACGAAUUACGAUGUGGCGUACGCGACAAGCUCGUCACCUACAUCGGGCUUCACGAAGCAAGGAACCCUUUUCGGAACGGGAUACGACGGGCUCAGAGGUCCCGGUGGAGCCGAUGCUGCCUUCGAUAAUAGCCACUUUGCGUUCGCCGCGCAAAAAGGUGACGGACGGAGAGGGUUAUACACUGCCAGAAUCACGACAAGUGGAGACCGCGUGUCUGCAUAG